UGGUUCUCUUCGGUGGCAUGCCUUAAGUAGUUGCUCAUAGCGCCGAUUGUUUCAUACGGGGACUCCAUCUCCAUCAGAGACGCACAUCUCCGUGGCUUGCGUCUUCCAUCAAACGCCAGCCGUCAUGAAUCUACCGCCGCUCUCCCCCGAAGAGCUAGCGAGGGACGUGUCGCCAAUGGUCAUUGGCGUCGUUUCCAUGUGUCUGGUCAUUGCUACGGCCCUAUUGGCUCUCCGCCUCUGGACGCGACAUUACAUUCUGCAGAAAGUCGGCUGGGAUGAUUACACCGCAUGUUUCUCAUUGCUAUCGAUAUGGGGAUGCGGAGUCUCGAUCGCAGUCAUGACACGAUACGGUCUCGGGAGACAUCAGCAGACGGUUAAUACAUUGGAAGAGCACGUAAAAGUGUUCAAGUGCUUCUGGUGCACCGUCUUGUGCUAUGGCUGUGGACACCUGUCUUUCAAGAUGGCCUUCCUGGUUCAGUAUUACAAUGUGCUUUGCACUCCAAACAUGCGAAAGAUCUACAUUGCGGCGAUGAUUUUCAUCGGGCUGUGGGGGUUGGGCAACUUCUUCGUCAUUGUCAACUUCUGCGACCCCCUCGUGGGCUUUUGGGACCCUCGCGUCCCCGCCAGGUGCUUGGACCAGAAGGUCCUGUUUUACGCUUUCAGUUCCGUCAGUAUCACCACGGACGUCAUCAUCUACCUGCUGCCGCUUCCCGCCUUGUCCAAGCUGAAAGUACCCCGUUCUCAAAAGAACUAUCUGUUGGGCAUCUUCAGCCUCGGCUUCCUCGUCGUGGCCAUUGCCAUAAUCCGUCUUCGUUACCUCGACAUCGGACCCGACUUCACUUGGGCGAACGUGGAGCCCGCGAUGUGGUCGAUGGGCGAGCUGACGGGGGCCAUGGUCUGCCUCUGCCUGCCCACUCUAAAGGCUCUUGGGUCGCGUCUGGGCCUCGUCUCCGCCGAUGUAGAGAACCCUGAGACCUCCCCUUCAGCGAACCAGAACAUUGGCAGGUCGAUUUCUUCGGGCCCCGUGACCGUUGAUACCGGUACGACGAACUCGCCGAGGAAGUCGCCCAUCGAUUUCUCCAAUUUCGUGGAGGAGAGUGGGCAGUUCCACAACGGGAUGUUCCGCCAGACCCCCUCGCUGCCAGUAUGAAGAGGAUAUAUGUCAUAAAUCAGAGCACACAGCAGGGCAUUGGAGAAUUCAGGUCUGAAAGGCUGGAUUCCAUAAGCAUAACUAUAGAAAGAAUAGUUCUAUAUAUAUAUAUAAAGAGGUAAGAUAUACAAGUAAUAAGUGAAAUACUAUAAAAUAGUACAUAACAAGACUGUUGCAGACUAUAGAAGGCGGUUAAAGCUAUGUCUGUCUUGUUUGUAUAAUAAAUUCACUACGAUGUCAACUAGA